AUGUCAGCGCACGUCGAAGUAGUCUCUACGGACCUGAGGAGGACGAAGGUCAAAGUUACGCCUGGAACCUACCUGGUCGAUGUUCUGGGAGAAGCUUGCCAAAAGUUCAACCUUAACAGUGACAAGUACCAACUUAAACACAAGCAGAAGCUCAUUGACUUGUCUGGCCCCUUUCGGACGUCAGGUCUUGUGUCAGGCGCCAAGCUCGAGCUCGUUCAAAAGUCCAAGAGCGCAGCAGUAGUAUCGAUAGCCCUCGAUGUUAACGGCCAGCGGUACACGAAGAAGCUAUCCAGCGACAUGAUGCUGUGGCAGGUCAUGCGCCAGUUCGAAGUUGCGGAGCAGGGGUUGAAUCUGACCGGCAGAGGCACUCCUAAGAGCAGUACCGGCCCUCAGGGAACCAGUGGCCAGUUGUACUUCGAGGCGCCGGUGGUGAACAUCAUGGGCAGGGACUACACUUCGAUGGAGGACCUACAGAAGACGCUCUCCCAAUGUGGUAUCAACUCUGGCAGCAUCGUUUUGCGGGUGUCCUUCCGCGACACAGACAAAACUCUGUACGACGCGAUGCAAGAUAUCGGCCAAUAUCUCAAGGAGGUGGAACCAAGUCAACCAAAGACGCAGACAGGCGAACCUUCAGCACCAGCGACUGGGUCAGCACCGGCGAUAGAGGAACCUAUAGAAGAUCUGACUCUAGCCGCUGGCCCGAAGCCGGUCAAAGAGAGUACGUUGGCAGAGCCAGAACUACAGGUGGGCUCGACAGAGGCAGCCAAAGCGGUGGCCCCGGUUGUCCCUGCUCCGGAACCAGUUGCGAAGACCGACCCGAUGGACAUCGUCGAUGAGGUGGUCCCUGCCCCUCCUGCUCCUCCGAUAGGGACUACGACGACCAUUGCUAGCGAGCCCAGCGACCCUCUCGAACCCACGGGCGUAUUCAACGCCCCGUCCUCUACCACUCCACUCGCCGCCCGGGUUCAGGUGGACGAUGCCGUGUACGAGCCAACCAUUGCCCACGCUCAGCUACGGCAACAACAGCUUUUGCAACGGGCGCAAAAUCAACGGCUCAAGUCCGAUGCUGAACUGGCGGCUGAUGCGGCGGAGGAAGCAGCUCGGCUGGCCAAGAUCACGAGUGUCGAUAUCAAGGUUCGUUUCCCGGACCAGACGUCGGCGCAGUGGACUGUCACGCCAGAGCAGACUGGCUCUUUCCUGUAUCAGGCCGUCAAGGGCGUCAUGGCCCAUCCGGACCAGCCUUUCCGUUUGAUCCUCCCCGGCACGCAUCCGAUCGUUGCUGUUCAAGAUGGCAACAAGAGGCUGGUGGCGGACUAUAAGCUCCGGGGAAGGGCGUUGUUGAAUCUGGUAUGGGAUGAUGCGGCGUCGGAGGAGGCGCGCAAGUCGUCAUUCUUGAAGGGCAGUGUGGCUAGCCGAGCGCAGGAGGUGGUGGUACCGGAUGUCUCACAGGUCGAGGGCGAGGACGAUAAGGAAGUCCAGGCUGGACCAUCAUCGAGUGGCCAAGAGGUUAAGCGAAAGGGUGAUCAUGGUCUGGAUUCCGAUGCUGUCAAGAAGAAGUUGGGCAAGUUGUUCAAGCUGCCUGGUAGGAAAUGA